AUGGGUCGCGAACUCCAGAAGAAGAAGAAUCGCUCGUCGAUUAAUAAAGUCACACGGCGAAAGCAAAAUAUACGCAAACGACCAAACAUCACAGGCAGUAAACUGGUCGCGGAUUCGUGGGAUAAGAAUCAGACACUGGCGCAAAACUAUGCCCGUCUCGGCCUAACACACCGUCUCAAAACCGCCACUGGCGGGAAAGAACAACAACCCUCAAAAGUCAAAGACCCCAAACCCGCCAAAUCGAAUGCCCUAGGCCAUCAAGAAGCACGGAUCACACGAGGCGAAGAUGGGUCAAUCUUAAAAGUCGAAUACUCAAAGAACUUACUCUAUGAUACAUUGGGUGGUGACGAUGACGACGACGAUGACGAGAGGGAAACACCAUCUGGCUUGGAAACCGAAACAGAUCUAGUACGCGCACUGAAGCACAGAGCAACCUUGGAAGUGAAAACCGAAAGACUACAAAGUGAUCGAGAAACCGAUUGGGUACAGCGACUGGUGGCGAAGCAUGGCGACGACUACCAGGCGAUGUUUUGGGAUAAAGAGUUAAAUAUUCGACAACAGAGUAUUGGUGAUAUCAAGAGGAGGAUUAAGAAGUGGCAGGCUAGUCAGAAGAAGGCAUAG